GUGAUAAUUUGAGUAAUAAACCCAAACUGUCAUUCAGAAGGCCAAAACUCGUUUUCAGUCAGUCAGUAACUACCAACUGUUCUUCAAUCUUCUGGGUUGACAGGCAAACGUGUCGGCAAAUUACCAGUUCAUUCAUAGACACAUAUCCACGAUAAGUGGACCUUUAAGGGUAUUUUAGUCAUUAAGUAGUUGCACGUUGUCAUUACUUUGUAUCAAUCAUUUCGGAGUAUAGCUGUCAAAUAAUUUCUGCAAAAUAAAAUCAUUCCAUUCUCUGACUACAACCCCUGUGAUCAGAGAUAGGGAUAGAAAAAAUCUUAAUAAAAAGAGGGAGGGGGAGUCCUGGUUUCAACCAAUAUGGCACUUGUACCAUAUGAUUCAAAAGAGAAAUCUGAUACUACUGCUAAUUCAUCAUCAAACCUCCCCUGGCAAGAUAUGUUUAGAUCUGCUUCAGUUAGAAAACCUGAUGAUUUAGUCCAACAAAGUAAUCCAACUUCACCACAGAACAAUAAACCACCCAGAAGCAAAAAAUCAAUGAAGAAAAGAGAAGAAGAUAAUGAGGAGGAAGAAGAAGAAGAAGAAUCCGCCUUGAAUGGUUUAGAUCCUCAGGUACGUUUAGCACUAUACAUAGCUAUGGCUCAUGCUGGUUUGGCUUUUGCAAUUUUCUUACUGUUUGGUGUUUAUAAAUUGUUAGAGGAAUAUCUAAGACCAAUACAAUGGGCUGUUUUAUGUUCAAUUCCAUUAAGAGGUAUUCAAGAAGCACUUGUUGGGUUUUGGUCUGAACCUUUGAAAUUAGGUCUUACUGAGACUAUUUUAGCAAUUCCUGUUGCUGUUUUUAGGGUUUGUUUUGGUACUCUAAUUGAUAUCAGGAAUGCGUUUAUCCGAACGAUUCUGCGUCAAAAGAAAUCGGAAGUAUCAGGGAAGAGAAGAAAUGGUUUUUCUAAAGUGGUUAGAUGGCUGGUUGCAUUUGGGGCUUUUGUGAUUGUGUAUGAGCAAUUGGGGGGUUUUGGGGCUUUGUUGCUUCUUGGGUUUGGAUUUAUAUUUGCUUACGGUAAUGUUGAUUCUACUAUGUCUGCUGUUUCUUCAUUGAGGAGUAGUAGUUUCCGCCGGAGUGCGAUGACUGCUAGUUUAACACGUGGAAUUUUGAAAAGGUUGAAUACUAUUGUGGCUAUUGGUUUGAUUGUUGCGAUGAUUUUUGGAUUUUUGGCUGGUGGAGUUUUCUUCUCAUAUAAAAUGGGAGUCGAAGGGAAAGACGCAGUCAUUUCGUUGAAGUCACACUUACAGACCAGUAAUUACACGGAGAGGAUGGGUGUUACAAAAUGGAUGGAAGAAAAUGAUGUUCCUGGGUUAAUGGAUAAAUACACUGCACAGUUCUAUGAAACUGUGUCACAGCAGAUUGAUAGUUAUGCAAUGCAGUAUAAUCUGACCGAAUUUGUAACCGGGAUUAAGCAUUUUGUGAUAGCUCCAACUGCAGUCAAUUCAUCAGGUUCUUCAACAGCCCUGAUGAAUCCAUCUCCGUAUACCAUAAAACUUGUGAGUCUGAGAGAACGGAUUAAAAAGCGAGAAUGGGGGGAGAUUUAUACCGAGGUUGAUGCCAUUUUCAGGGAAUUACUUAUUACUAGGGAGGAUUUGAUUGACAAGGCAAAAGGGUUUGCUGUUCAAGGGAUGGACGUGUCAAAACGUGUCUUUGCCAGUAGUAAGUCUGUUUUAGGUGGUAGUGCGAGUCUAAUGUUCUCAGUUGGCAACUCAAUCGUCUCAGGAGCUGCAGGGCUUUUCAACUUUGUAUCUCAAUCAAUGGUGUUUUUCUGGGUUUUAUAUUAUCUCAUCACUUCAGAGUCUGGUGGAGUAACGGAACAAGUGUUGGGUAUGCUUCCUAUUUCGAAAACAACAAGAAUCCGCUGUGUUGAUGUUCUUGAUCAUGCUAUUGGAAGUGUGCUUUUGUCUACAGCGGAGAUUGCUAUAUAUCAAGGGUGUAUAACAUGGCUUUUAUUUAGCCUCUACAAAGUGCAUUUCUUAUAUAUGUCGACUCUUCUUGCUUUCCUUAGCCCUUUACUGCCGAUUUUUCCAUCAUGGGUUGCAACAAUCCCGGCGGUAUUGCAAUUGGUAAUGGAAGGUAGAUACAUAGUGGCUCUUUUAUUGGCAGGGGUUCACUUGGCACUCUUAGAAUAUGGGGCAUUCGAAAUCCAGGAGGAUGCAACUCUUCAGAGUUCCUAUCUUACUGGUCUUAGCAUUAUUGGUGGAAUGGCCUUGUUCCCAUCUGCACUGGAGGGGGCGAUAAUGGGUCCACUCAUAACAACUGUUAUGAUUGCUAUAAAGAAUUUAUAUGCCGAGUUUGUUCUGUCAGAACCCAAAAAAGGUGAUGAGUAAAUCAGACAUUCAGUUAGUUGGUUCUGGUGCGGGUUUCCCAGUUUGUGUCUGUUGUACCUCUUGUAAAGAGUUCAUUUUCCUUCAUUUGAGGCAAAGAUGAUGGCAGAGUGAAGCAACAGUGGCGCCAGAGGGGUGAAUAGGUUAAUGCUUUGUUUUACACCGUUAUUGGUCACACCUUCUCUACCAGACUCUGUAAAUGUGCUGUGUAUUUAUGAUUCAUUUCCUCAAUCGGUUGAUCAUACUGUAUCAUCAUUCUCUAUUGUAGAGUAAGUCAACUAGGGCGUGAGGUUUUUGUAUUGAAAACGCUACUCAUUUUAGGUUACUCAAUCCUCAGUUGUUGUCGUUUCUGUAAGGUCAGCUGAUGAUGAAGCUCAUGGGGAUUUUUUUAUUUUAUAAGAAAAAACUUGUACAUUUGUCUUGUUUUAAUUUAUAUAUAAAGCAGUUGUAAUGUCAGUGUCUUGAA